AUGGCUGUCUUUUCCAAUAUAGUAUUCAUCUUGGCGGCGUUGACCGUCCACCCGGGUAGGGCCCUGGGGCAGACGGCCACUGUUGACGCCGCGGUCAGCCUGGGGACUCCGGCUCAUCUGGCUUCUGGCUGGAUUUACGGUAUCCCAGAUGCCCAGGGCCAGAUUCCGGAUCGAUUCUACACCGAGUCCGGUUAUCGGUAUGGUCGAGCCGGCGGGGCUCAGCUGCACGACGAGGGACAACGGGGUUGGAUAUGGGGACCAUCGGACUAUGAGGGCCGCUUCCAGUCUUUCCUCUCAAACUAUCACACUACAAGAAAAUACGGUGGACGGUUCCAGCUUCUGAUUCAUGACCUCUGGGGUGCGGACGGCGGCCAGAAUUCAAGCGCCCCGUACCCGGGCGACAACGAUGACUGGACGUCUUAUGAUGAAUUUCUCACGGCGCUCAUCGAUGAUAUCCAGUCAAAUUCGGCGACAGAGGGCUUGGACAUCGACAUCUGGAACGAGCCGGAGCUUGAGUACUUUUGGGGAGGCCGUUCAACAGCCCAGUGGCUCAACCUCUGGGGUAGAACCUACCAUCGUCUGAGGGAUGCCUUCGGGCCUGACGUCCUCCUCGUCGGACCAUCUCUUUCCGAGGCACCGUCGACUACCAGCUCGUGGUGGUCGCAGUAUCUCACUUUCAUCCGUUCUAACUCGUCAAUCCCGGAUCAAUAUACAUGGCACGAGGAGGGGGAGUCGUCUGAUCCUCAAAGCAGCAAUGCCACGCUCAAGGCGCUGCUCCCCCAAUACGACCUACCUUUCCGACCCAACAAUGUCAACGAAUAUGCCAUAGCUGCCUACCAGGUACCCAGUGCCGACGCGUGGUUUAUCAGCCGCCUCGAACGCCACGAGACGAUCGGUCUUCGGGGAAACUGGGCCUCCUCCACGGCCCUGCAUGAUUUCCUUGCUGGUCUGGUUGGAAAGCCCAAUGCAGGGACGUCGGCAUACGACGGCACGGGGACUGGGUACUGGCCCACGGGCGAGUUCCAAGUAUAUCGUUACUACAAUCUAAACCAGACAGGGACGCGUGUCGGCACCACCGGCUCCGCAGAUAACAACUUCGACGUCUACGCCACUCACGAUGGCUCGACACUGAAGAUUCUCAGCGGAAGUAAAGCCCAGACGGGAACCUGGAACAUCACGGUGACCAAUCUCUCGUCUCUGGGCCUCCCGACGUCUGGGAGCAUCGACAUCACCACCUACGAAUUUGGCUGGAAUGGCCAGUAUGGUGAAGUGGACGCGCCUACAUAUAAGGGCCAGGUGACCCAUACAUACGCCAAUGACGAGGUGACAUGGUGGGUUGAAUUCUCAGAUGCGAACGUAGCGUAUGCUUUUGAAUUUGGCUUUUAG